AUGUACCGUUUAAUUUCAAAGAUUUCCAAUAACGUUAAUCAAAUAUUAUUAAGAAAUUAUGGAACAGCUGGAAAUCUAAUUACUGUAACAAAAAACGAUGCAACAGGUACAAGUGUCUUAUCACUAGGAAGAGCACCCGUUAAUGGUCUAAACCUUGAAUUACUAACGGAAUUAAAUGAUUCCUUAAAGAAAAUUGUUAAAGAUGGAAGCAAAGGAGUUAUUGUUACUUCAUCAUUGCCGACAAUUUUUUCUGGUGGCCUAGAUAUUAUGGAAAUGUAUAAACCAGAUUUGAAAAGAGCUAAAAAAUUUUGGGAACAACUGCAAGACACGUGGAUUACUCUUUAUGGAUUGAGUGUACCAACUGCUGUUGCGAUUAAUGGAGCAAGCCCAGCUGGUGGCUGUUUAAUGGCGAUGACCUGUGAAUACCGAGUAUUUGUUGAUGGAAAACAUAGUAUUGGAUUGAACGAAACAAAGUUAGGUAUCGUAGCACCUACUUGGUUCAAAGAUCUUUACAUUUCAACAAUGGGAUACCGUCGUGCAGAGUUGGCUCUAUUACAAGGCACACUGUUUACUCCUAAAGAAGCAUUAGAAAUUGGAUUGGUCGAUGAAUUAGCUGCUAAUAAAGAAGAAGCCAUUCAGAAAUGUCAAAAGUUUAUUGAUACAUUUGAUCGUAUCCCUGCUGUAGGAAGACAUGCCACUAAAAUAGAUUUGAGAAGUGAAUUAAUUGAAUGGCUAAAAAAAAAUCGAGAUGCCGAUACCCUUCGUUUUACGAAUUUUAUAUCUCAGCCUGAAGUUCAGAAAGCUUUGCAUCUAUAUAUUGAAGCUUUAAAGAAAAAAAAUUAA